AUGAAGUUUCCCACAUCAGAUAAUUCAUGUACUUCUCUCAAAGUUGAAGCACCAUUUCUGUCCCCAACUACUGUCCUCUCCAAUUUCCAAAAUAAGUUGCAGUCCGAGCAGAAAAUGGAAAGUCAAACAACAGAAGAAGUGCCACAAAAUCAAAGAACAGAUGAACAAGAAAACAAUGAUCUUAUUUUAGAUCUAAGCCUAUGUAAUACAGACCACUUGUUCAAGUCAAAUAUUCAGACAAGUUCAUCAUCGGAUCCUAAUUCUCGAGGUAAUAAUAACAACGAAACUGAGCCACGGGUAUUUUCUUGCAACUAUUGUCAAAGAAAAUUUUACAGUUCUCAAGCACUUGGCGGCCAUCAAAACGCACAUAAACGAGAGAGAACAAUGGCCAAAAGAGGUCAAAAGAUUAAUUCAGCAGCUGCUAAUUUUGGUUAUGACAAAUAUUCAAGUAUGGCUUCACUUCCAUUGCAUGGCUCAUUCAAUAGGUCUCUUGGAAUUCAAGUUCACUCUAUGAUUCACAAGUCCAGUAGCCCAUUUGGUGCACCCUUGUACGGACAUCCAGGUUGGUCAAUUCGACGGCCUAUUGAUCAGCAACCGGCUAUUGGUCGACUUGCUCCGCCAGAUUGUUAUAGCAAUAAUACUUACAACGGUGGAACAUCGUCAGGUGGUGGUGCGGCUAGGUUUGAUAACAAUAUUCAAAAGUUUCCUACUGUGGUUGAUGGUAUUUCAGCAUACAGAUGGGAUAGUGGUGGUGGUCCUCAUAUUUCCAAGAGUAAUAAUCAAGAAGAAUUGAAGAAGCUUGACUUGUCUCUCAAACUCUAG